AUGGCGCUGUCGCGCGCGGAGCGCUGUCUCGCGUUGCUGCUGCGGCUGCUGUCGCGCGCCUGCCUCGCGCUGCUCGCGCUGCUGCCGCCGCCGCGCGCCGGCCCCGCGCGCGCCGCUCCGCGCGCCGUCCCGCCGCCGCGGCGCGCGCUCCUGCUGCUGCCCGCGCGGCGCCUCGCGGAGCUGCUCCGCGCGCGGCAGGUGGCGUGCGUGGAGGUGGUGGAGGCGUACGUGGAGAGGAUCAAGGAGGUGAAUCCCCUCAUCAAUGCCGUGGUUAAGGACAGGUUCGAGGAGGCCCUGCAGGAAGCCCGGCAGGUCGAUAAGCUGCUUGCGGAGAGUCCUGGCGAUGACUGCCUGGAGGAGAAGUUCCCCUUGUUGGGAGUUCCCAUCACCGUUAAGGAGGCCUUUUCUCUUUAUGGGAUGCCCAACACCUCUGGCUUGGUCAACCGCCGCAAUGUGAUCGCCACCUCGGAUGCCACUGUGGUGGCACGGCUGAAGCAGGCAGGUGCCAUCCCGCUGGGUGUCACCAACUGCAGCGAGCUCUGCAUGUGGUACGAGUCCAGCAACAGGGUCUACGGGCGGACCAACAACCCCUACGACCUGCAGAGGAUUGUGGGCGGCAGCUCAGGUGGGGAGGGCAGUGUCCUGGCAGCUGCCGGCUCAGUCGUAGGUGUGGGCUCUGACAUCGGUGGCAGCAUCCGAAUGCCCGCUUUCUUCAAUGGAGUCUUUGGCCAUAAACCCACAACAGGGGUGGUGCCCAACGACGGCCAGUUCCCCAACGCUCAGGGGGUGCGCACCAGCUACCUGUGCACGGGGCCCAUGUGCCGCUACGCCGAGGACCUGGAGCCUGUCUUGAGAGUCAUGGCCGGCCCUGGGGUCAGCAAGCUGAAACUGAAUGAGAAAGUGUCGCUGGAGAAAAUCAAAUUCCACUGCAUGGAUCAUGAUGGCGGGUCUAUUUUUGUAUCACCUGUGGACAAGGAGAUCUUGCAGGCCCAAAAGAAGGUGGUGGAGCACCUUGAAAGUGACCUUGGGGUCCGGGUUCAGCAUGUGGCAAUCCACAAGAUGAAGUAUUCUUUCCAGAUCUGGUCAGCCAUGAUGUCAUCCAAGGACAGUGAGGGACAGGAGGCACAAAGAUUCACAGACCUGCUGGGGGACCAUGGGAAGCCAGUGUGGCCGCUGUGGGAGCUGGUGAAGUGGCUCGUGGGGAUGUCUUCUCACACUCUCCCGGCUAUCGCCCUGGGACUGACAGAGAAGCUGGUGAACCUCAACCUCAGUGGGAAGGCCAAACUGGUGAGCAUGGGGAAGAGCUUACAGGAGGAGAUGGAGGCACUGCUGGGGCCAGAUGGGGUGCUCCUCUACCCCUCACACCCCACCAUCGCCCCCAAGCACCACUCCCCAAUCUGCAUGCCCUUCAAUUUUGCCUACACAGCCAUCUUCAAUGUCCUGGGCCUGCCGGUGACGCAGUGCCCGCUGGGGCUGGGCCGCGAGGGGCUGCCGCUGGGCAUCCAGCUGGUGGCGGCCUCCUACAACGACCACUUGACGCUGGCGGUGGCCCGGUACCUGGAGAAAGCCUUUGGAGGAUGGGUUUUGCCAGGGGAAGUUUAACCUUGGGCGACAGGGACAGAGGCAGUGACAAGUGCUGAUGCUUGAUCCCAUCAUGGCACUGCCUGCUCCCUCUGCAUCCCCCUGCACCCUGCUGGGAGUGGCUGGUGGUGUCUCCAGCACAGGAACAGCUGGACCACUGCCACCGAGUCCUCAUCCCUGUGGCACCCCCUGUCAGGGAGAGACCUGCCUGCAGUGGGCACCCACCCACCUUUUCCAGACCAUGGAGUUGGCCAGCUCUGUAACCUUCCUGCUUUCAAAGCGCUGCGUGAGAGCUGGGCAGAGGACGUGCUUCCAGAUUGCGGAGGGCAGCUGUGCAGCACCCCUCAGGGCUGCCUGGGCCCGUGGGGUCCUCCUUGGCCUGACCCUGCCCACAGGGCUGGACUGUGCCUGUUGCACCCAGGCUUGCUCGCCCCCCCAGUCCUCCCAGUCUCCUGCAGGCUUGCCCCCACCCGUUGACCAAAAAGGGAGGGGGGCUGGAGGAGCCAUAGGCCUGCCUCACCAACAGCGCUUUGUGCGGUGGUGGAUGCUGGGUUCUGCAGUGUGUGCAGCUGUCAGGCACAGCUGGGAGCAUUUCAGCACUGGUAUUCAGCCAGGUAUUAAAGAGCUUGUCCAGU